CCAUUUCCUAUCAACUCCGGCUCAUACCCAGCAUGAAUUUCAUUAGUCAUUCGUUCAUUCAUACUCAUGGGGAAAUCCCCUCAAACCAGCGAAACGAGACGAGAUAGACUGUAGACAAGACAGCAAGAAAAGAACUACAGUAUGUUUUCUUCAAUUUGGGCUGCCAAACGGGUGUCUUUGUUGGCUGGUACAACUACAAGACUUCUUUAUAGAAACAUAAAAAUCCAACUUAGGCCUAGACAGCAACAAUUCUCUAAUCUACAUUUAAAGCAUGAGCUUCCUAAACAGAAGCUUGUUGGAUUGCGUCAGCGACCAAGUGGAAAGAAACCAACCAGACUGGUCUUUACAAUUGGAGUAAGUUUAGGAGCUUUCAAACUGAAUGUGGCAGAAUGCAAGAUCAACACAAAAGGUAGCAGUCGUGUAUUGGUCAACAGCUCUAUAGAAGAUAAAUCACCCGAGUUUAAUGUCCGAGAAUUCCUAAAAUUUCUGUGGCCAGAAAUUUGGUCUUUGUUACUAGCAGUUAUAACUGCCAUUGGUGCUGCAAUAGUCAAUGUUCAGAUUCCUGUACUGUUAGGGGAACUGAUCCAAGUCGUUUCAAAAUUCACCACAGAGGCUGAAGGUAAUUUCAUGCAAGAGAUUUACAACCCAGCAAUUAAGCUUUUAACGGCUUAUGGAAUGCAAUCCCUUGCCACGUCUGGUUACAUCAUAUUAUUAGCAAACAUUGGAGAGCGAAUUGCAUCCAAUAUGAGAAAGAAACUCUUUAAUUCGCUGAUAAAUCAAGACAUUCAGUUUUUUGAUUCUCACAAAACUGGUGAAUUAAUCAACAGGUUAUCUGCUGAUGUUCAGGAUUUUAAAAGUUCUUUUAAAUUAUGCAUUUCUCAGGGAGUUCGUAGCACAACUCAGAUUGUUGGCUGUGUGGUGUCACUUUACUGGAUCUCACCACAGCUUACAGGUGUUAUGACAGUUGUCAUGCCAUGUGUUGUAAUUGGGGGCGCUGUUGUUGGUUCUAUUCUCAGGAAAUUUUCAAAAGCUGUACAGGAACAGGUUGCCAUAGCAACUUCAGUAGCAAGUGAAGCUCUUGGUAAUGUUCGGACAGUGCGUGCAUUCGCUAUGGAAACCAAAGAAGCCCAGCUGUAUGCUGAGCAGAUCGACAAAUGUAGUGCUCUAAAUGAGCAACUUGGAUUAGGUAUAGGCCUCUUCCAGGGCCUCACAAACUUUGUUCUUAAUGGUAUUGUUCUGGGUGUGCUCUACUGCGGCGGAUAUUUAAUGGCCAAUCACCAGUUAAAACCUGGUGAACUCAUGUCAUUCCUUGUUGCUGCUCAAACAGUUCAACGAUCUAUGGCCAGCAUGUCCAUUCUAUUUGGUCAGGCUGUCCGUGGUAUUAGUGCUGGUGCAAGAGUUUUUGAGUAUAUACUGCUAGAACCUACGAUGCCAGCGUUAGGAGGAAAGAAGAUACCGUUCCACAGCAUGUAUGGAACGGUUGAAUUCAAAGGAGUGAACUUCAGUUAUCCAACAAGGCCUGAACAGGAAGUUUUGAAGAACUUUGAUUUGAAAAUGAAACAUGGUGAAGUUGUUGCAUUAUGUGGUCCAUCUGGUGGAGGUAAAUCAACAAUAGCAUCCUUACUUGAAAGAUUUUAUGAUGUGGAUAGUGGAACUAUUACCAUUGAUGGAUACGACCUCAAAACAUUUGACCCUAGUUGGCUUAGAGGCAGAGCAAUUGGUUUUAUAAAUCAGGAACCGGUUUUGUUUGCAACUAGUAUUAUGGAAAACAUUCGAUAUGGAAAACCUGAGGCAACAGACAAAGAGGUUCAAGAAGCUGCUGUUCUUGCAAAUGCUCAUGAGUUUAUUCGAAGAUUUCCUGAUGGUUACAACACCAUUGUUGGUGAGAGAGGGAUAACAGUGUCCGGAGGCCAGAAACAAAGAAUUGCAUUAGCUAGAGCCUUGUUGAAGAAUCCAUCAAUACUUAUAUUGGAUGAAGCAACCAGUGCCCUAGAUGCCGAGUCUGAACGUUUAGUUCAAGAAGCAUUGGAUCGUGUGUCACGGGGUCGCACAGUCCUUGUAAUAGCUCACCGAUUAAGUACAAUACGAAAAGCUGAUGUGAUUGCAGUGCUGGUAAAUGGAGUCAUUCAGGAGAUGGGUAGUCAUGACAAGCUUCUGAAGAAGAACGGAAUAUACAAAGAACUUAUACAACGGCAAACAAUAGAAGAAUAAUUAUAUUAAAAUUGUCUAUUUAUGACAACAAGAUACAAAUAUUAAACACAUGAUUUGUUCUGAAAUUGAUAACAUUUUUUGAUACAAUUGCAAAAUUUUAAGAUUUAUUGGAAUUUUCAGUGUUCAGCACAUUUUUCUUACUAUUUGAGUAAAUGCUUUCAAUUUCAUUCAACAAUGUGAUUUUUUGGUUUAAUUUGUUGCAUCAAAUGGUAAUUAAAGAAAGAGACAUUAUUCCACUGAUGUUGCAGCAUGCAGAGAAUGGAUUACCUAAGUACACCAGAAAGUAGUGGGUGCCAUACAUAUGUCAAAUUUCGAUUGGAUUUUCUCAUAUCUUUUUUUCCAUUUUGCAUAUUCACAGCCUGUUAAGAACCGAGUUAAGCAUUAUGUGCAUUAUUUCGUAAUCUUAACACAUACUCAUUUUGUGUUUUGAUUUCAAUGAACUUAUAAAAUUUAGUUCCAUUUCCGUAUAUUUUAGUUUCAUUAAUUUUUUCAAUUGCAUGCUUCAAACCAACCUAAUACAAGGUUUUCAUUGGUUGAAAGAAGAUGGACUGUUCCAUUCGGAAGAAAGGGAGAACUAACUUUAGGUUCAUAAAAUAUCAAAUGACAAGAAAAAUUUAGGUGUACUAUAAAACAAAUAAUAAUGAAUGUUAAAAUCUUGGAAAUAUACUACCCACACAUAUAAAUGUUAUAUGUAUAGAUGCAUACUAUCUAAGUAAUAUGUACAAUUACAGUGAAAAAUUAAACAUACAUUCAUCAAACUUAUACUUUUUAUUUAGCCUCUAACACAUUUUAAAUUGAAUAAAAAAGCUUACAUACAG